AGUUUUAUCGCGAAGCACAGACAGUACACAUCGUUUUCGUUUCAAUCCACCGUCACCAGUAACGAUGACCGAGAUUUUCGUAUUUAUGUGAAAACAUUUUGACAAUUCCAAUAGGACAAACUAGUGAACAAAUGCGAUUUAGUUGGACCAGUUUCAUUAUCCGAACUUGAUUCUCGCCGGAUAUUGAAUUCAUAUAGCGAGUAAAAAUUUAUGGGUUAAAUGAAAUGAACAGAAAAAAAAUGUCAGGAUUUCAGUUUCACAUUUUAAUCCGUGAGUGAAUCGACGCUAUAAAGGCCGUUUGUCGAGUAAACUUUUAUGUGCGAAUCUCCGUAAAAAUAGGACUUUGCCACGAAUAGAUUUAUAUAUGAAAAUAAAAAUGUGAGUAUUUUUGCCGGUGAGGUUGACACAUGGAACAAGAAGGACAUGGAUUACAACCAGAGAAGAAAAAAUGAAUAAUAACAAAUAACGGUCUUACGUGAUAUUAUUAGAAGUUAGUUUUUUUCCGUGCAAAUCGUCAUACAUGCACAGAUGACGUGACAUUUUCUUGGCUGACAAUUUAUGAGCUCUCAUUUUUUUUCUCUCGCACGGUUAUCUUAUCUCUCGACGCAAAGAAAGAAAUUUAAGCGAUUGCUGUUACACUGGCGAACAUAGUACGUUUGAGCAUCUAGGCUGUUUCAAUUGGAUUUUAUUGGGAUCACCUUUGAGCAUGUUUUAUCCAUAAUCCUCAUAGCUAUUCGUUCUCAAUGGCAUAAAGACACAGAGAAUAAAACACACAUGCUAAAAAGAAGUCCAAAUGUGAUUUUGUGUUCUGGACUCUCGCAACAAUAACCGAAAAAUAUAGAAAAAGUUGUAAGUUUGUGAAAUAGAUUUAAGGCUGGAAGACAAAAAUGAGUAAUAAUAAGUCAACAUACUUCGUUGAAGCAGUGUCAUAGUAUAAUAUUCGUCAUACUCACACCAAACCAAUACAAUAUUCUAUAUAGUGUGUAAAACUUUUCAUUCCUUUGGUAAUAACAGAACAGUCCCAUGUGUGGAAGUUGUGUGAAAAAAGAAACUUUCGAAGUAAAAUCAGUUUGAUAGAUUUUUUUUCCUUGGUCGCGUAGAUUGUACAAGUUGUUGUUGUGCGUGUGCGUCUCAUUCGAAGAAAAUAAAAUUUAACGUGAUUUGAUGUGAAUUACGUGCAAACAAUCAGAAAACGAGAGAUACUCGAGGACACAUUCAGUGCAUUAGAAUGAUAAUUUAAUAUUGAGUUGAGUCUGGAAAGUGGCAAUCAUAAGUUCAAUCAAGCGAAUUGAAAUUGAGUGUGAAAAAUCGUUGAUCAUCGGUCUGUCAACAAAUGAGAAAAUCAGCAUCCAAAUGGCGCAGAAGGAAAUUAGACGAACACAUAACCUACAUAGAUUCCGUUAACUGUGUGCCAUUAACUAGAUCGACGUGUGCUGUACAACACAUCCACUGUGUGGUGUACUGGCGCUCGGUUGAAUCAAACCACGGAGAAUAAGAACGAAGGAGAUAGAGUAAACUCACAGCACACCGGGAUGAUGCUCGUUGGAAACUGGCAAGUAAUUUGAACAUUCAGUAGCCAACUGAGCCCAUCGACUGCUUUUGCACCCCAUUUUUUCCACCCCAUUCCAGCUCUUCGAAUGGAACACAUUGGGUCGGCACGAACGACAUAAAGCAUCAUAAAAAGAAGGAGUUCGACGGAUACAUUUAGUUGCAAGCCAUUCAUUGUAAGGAAAUAGACAGAAAAAGAGAUAGAGGAGGAGGAUUCGAAAAAACCAAUCGCACGGAAUGGAGCGUCAUCGAGCAAAUGAAAUGAAAAUAAAAAUGCGGGGAAAAGCGUGCGAAAAAAAACUGAAUUGAAAUAAAAACAACACAAAUAAAGUGAGAGAAAGAGAGAGAGAGAGAAAGAGAGAGAGAGAAAGAGAGAGAGAGAAAAUGAAAACAGUUCACACCGUGCACUGCGAACCAAAUUGAAAAAUACUUGAACUCACCACUCACUCACAUUCCAUCUGAUAAAUGAGGUUGCAAUCAAUUUCGUCCUCUCCAUCUCUGAAACGGUCAGUGUUUUUAAUUUUGAUGAUAAUCAACAACAAAAAAAGUUGAAAGUAAUAUAUUAAAAAUUAAAUAAACGUUUCGGUUUCGACAAAGUGGAAAUUUAUAUAAAUUGCUGGGUGAUAAAUUGUGAAUUUACGAAACACCAGAACAUUACACGGAUUGGUAUUUAUUUAUUUAAAAAAAAAAGAGCACAUACAUAACACAGGCAAAUUAUUAAAAGCCACUAAAACAUGUGUUUUCCGGCGACUGUAUCACUGCCGCUGCUAUUGGUCUUAUUAGCAUGCUGUAUCGGUGUAUCGAAUGCGUUCCUGAAUCAACGUACGAAAGAUACUGGCUACAACACAUUUGACGAUACGAGCACCGAUUUUCCGUCACAUAAUUCAAUUACGGCAUCGAAAUGGAAUGAACCGUACUUCGACAAUAGUAUAGCGAACAAUGUGUCCGCACUUGUGGGAAAAUCAGCGUAUUUAAGCUGCAAAGUGCGCAAUUUGGGCAAUAAAACGGUCUCAUGGAUCAGGCACAGAGACAUCCACAUUCUGACAGUUGGGACGUACACUUACACCACAGAUCAACGAUUUCAAACAGCAUAUCAUCGUGAUUUCAACGAGUGGACGCUGCAAAUCAAGUGGGCACAAAAACGUGACGCUGGUGUGUACGAAUGCCAAAUUUCAACCAUACCAAUCAAAAGCUUUUCGGUGCGAUUGAACGUUGUUGAUCCAGCAAUUGAUAAUGUCGACGAGAACAUAUUGAAUUUAGUGUACAAUGAUCAGCAAAUAGAUGUCGAUGACGAAAUAAAUGGCAUCCAAAACCAUAAAUGCUGUGACGGUAUAUACGCUGGCAGCGACGAUGAUCAUCGAAUAAAACCCGUGGCCACGAUAUUGGGCGGACAAGAUCUAUUUGUCGAUAAGGGAAGCACAAUAAACUUGACGUGUACAAUUAGAUUUGGGCCCGAGCCUCCAGGACACAUAUUUUGGUAUCAUGAGAAUAAGGAAAUAACCGCAGAAUCACCGAGGGGUAGCGUUGACAUCAAGCGCAUUUAUGGCGAAUGGACAACAUCGUAUUUGCUUAUACGAAAUGCAAAUAUUGCGGAUUCAGGUGUCUACACAUGCGCUCCGGCCGGUGGUAGCCAAACUAGCAUAAAAGUGCACGUUUUUCUGCAUGGUGAGCGGCCGGAGGCAAUGCAGACUGGGACAUCAACAUAUUUUGCUGACAAAAGCUACAUAAUGCAUACACUGCUGGUAGCCAUCAUCAUUUCCAUUUAUAAUAUCUUUCGGGACUACAAUUCAAGCAUAUUAAUUGAACAUAUGCCGAUCGACUAUAUCACAUGACAUACCAGCCCAUUCAGUGGUCUACAACAACGAAGCUCGCAGUGAAUUGGAUUCUAUCAGCGAUUUAUUCAAAAGUGAUACCGCGCGCACCAAAAUACAUUAACUAAUAUAUUAAUAGCAUAUGAAUGGUGAAUUUACUGUAUAUGAAACACAAUGAUUGUUACAGCAUUUUCAAAUAUGCGAAAAUUGAAUGGCGCUCCAAAGCAAAAUAAUAUGUAUGUGGCCGUAGCAUGUGUAUUGAAACAAUUGUAUUGAACAAGAAUUUGCCACAUGAAUGGCGAACUUUGAGUUUCAUUCGGUAAUUGUUUUAUCAUAAUUCACAGCGAAUAUUACCAACAUUUCGAUGUUUCAAUGGGAACUAAUGAAAUUUUCAACCAUCAAAUCAAUCGAUUGCAUGGGAAAACCAAAUAAUAAUUGGAUCAGGUCAGAAACUCGAUCAAUGUUUAUAUAUAUACACACAAACAUAUAUAUCAGAUAAUUUUGAAAUAAAUACUAACCAAACGGUACUUUCAGUGUAUUACUAUUAAAUGUUGGUCGAUCGUUUGAUUGAGUGAUUAGCACAGAAAGCAUCUCUUUCAAAUGUUUACAUAAUUUUGCUGCGAGGGAACAAUUAAUUCAAACUGAUUGCUUUCGAACCGGCAAAAAGUUUUGUAUCGAAACAAAAUUUAACGUAAUUGAAAUUCAAACAGAUCAGAGUUAUCAUUGAACACUGCCAAUUGUUCCUUGACGGCUCCAGUUCCGAAUUUAAUUACCUUAAUUUCCUUUUUGCCUUGGUUUGAAUUGUAUAUAUUUGUGUAAAAGAAAAAAUUGGAAUUUAGUACGUACAGGAAUACGAAUUGGCAGAAUGAUUCGUAUUCUAUUUGAGAAAAAAAAAUCGUUUGAAACCAAAUAGGAGUAUCCUUGAAUAGACUCGAUUUAUUUUUGUUCAUUUGCAUUUUUUUUGUUCCUUCAUUGUCACACUAAUGACAUUGAAAAUAAGUAAUUAGUUUUAUGGAAGACUGAUGUUCAAAACCAUUCUCAUUUUGAUGCUUGGACCUGUUCAUUGAACAUAGAUUUUGUUGUAAUACUAUGUUGAUAAUGCAUAUUUAACAGAAAAAAAAAAUGAAUUGAUGUGAAUGAUGUUGGAAUUUAAUAACAAAAAAGAACACAUUUAUUGAUUUUAACAUUAAUCAACUUUAACUAUAAGGUCAUAGCAAAUUAAAGCCGGUUCCAUCAC